AACUUGAUUUUCUAUUUUUAUUUUUCCAGUUUUUUUUCUUAAAUUUACAUUCAAUUAAAUCUUAAUUUACUGAAAUUCGGCAAAAAAGAUUAUAAUUUUGACAAUUAGGGUUUGUGAAAAAAAUGGAAGGUAAAGAAGAUAACCAAAUUCAAGAUUCCGGCAACCUUCUUCCACCACCUCCGCCGCCGCACACGGCGGCGCCACCACCACCACCGCCACCUGCUGAAACAACGGUGGGUGGUGUGAAUUUUGGGUCAGAUGGGUUCAAGAAAAAAAGGGGAAGACCGAGAAAGUACGGACCGGACGGUAAACCGACGGUGGCGCUGUCUCCGAUGCCGAUAUCGGCGUCGAUUCCGCUCACCGGAGAUUACCCCAGUUGGAAGCACAGUCAGGGGGAGAAGAGUUUGACUUCUGUUAAGAGAAAACAGAAACUGGAGUUCUGCACACCAGGUGAACAAUUGGCAUACGCCCUUGGUCCCGAUUUUACGCCCCAUGUGCUUACAGUAAAUUCCGGAGAGGAUGUUAAUAUGAAGAUUAUAUCUUUUGCGCAACAAGGGUCAAAAGCUAUAUGUGUUCUUUCUGCAAACGGUGCAAUUUCGAAUGUAACACUUCGUCAGCCUAACUCUUCUGGAGGUACUUUAACAUACGAGGGUCGUUUUGACAUUCUAACUUUGUCGGGGGCAUUUAUGUCAUCUGACAAUGGGGGAGCAAAAAGUAUGUCUGGUGGGAUGAGCGUUUCUUUAGCGGGUCCUGAUGGUCGCGUUUUGGGUGGAGGUCUUGCCGGUAUGCUGGUUGCUGCGGGUCCCAUUCAGGUCAUACUCGGAAGCUUUCUUCCGGGCCACCAACACGAGCAACAAAACCUCAAGAAACCGAGACUUGAACCCAUACCAGCCAUGUCACCACCUAUUAUGGCUGCAAUGCCCAUCUUCAAAGAAGCAACCGAUAGAGCUCAUGGAGAUGAACAGAACAUAAGCUUUACUCUCACAAGCCCGACAAAUGUAUCACGUGGUGUAGGCCCGGAAAAUAAUGGAUCUUUGCAACGGUCUGAACCAAAGGGGGUUAACUCAUCAACGUUCAGGGUUCCGUGCUGAUCGAAUCCCGUGUGUAUUGGAUCCUUUGUUAGCAACCUGUUAUUGGUGUUAGAAGGUUCCUUGACUUAGGAAAUCAUUUGACUGUUUAUUGGUGUUAGAAGACAUAAAAUUUGGAGUGUUGUUUUAAGUUAUAAUAUUAGGUGUUAAGAUUAGGCUUAUGUUGAUUGGAGAUGUAUGAUAAGGAAAGAUGGGAAAUGGGGUGUUAGAUUUAUUGUUGUUAAAGUAAGUUGAGUUGUCUGGGUAAGAAUUUGAGUUUCUUGAAAUGUUAUACAACUGAAUAUUUGCCUUUGGUU